AUGUCUCUGGCGGUGAAGUUCGCGGAGCGGCAGCGCUCGCACCACUGCCUGUUGGUGAAGGAGCACCAGGUGCGGGAAGGGGCCGACGCCGCGCACCCGCCUCGCCGCACCCUCUUCGUCCUCAACGUGCCCCCGUACUGCGGCCCGGUGAGUGGGGGUGGCGGGGCCGAGCGCUGGGCGGGGGCCCGGGGGCCCGGGGGCCGGUGUGCCUGGGGCUGCUCCGGGCUGGGGCCGCCCGGAGAGCUCUGCCGCCUGUUCGAGGGAGGCAUCGCUCCUGCUUUGCUGUACCGCGUGUUUUCUCUCACUCUCCGUGUUAAGGACUCUCUGUCUAGGCUGUUCUCUCGCUGCGGGCAUGUGCAGUCUGUGGACAUCUGUGACAAGCCAGGGCCAGGAGAGAAAAAAGAUAAACUGGCGUCCAAAUUCUUUGACCAGAAAACUCUAAAGGGAUUUCAAGUAGCAUAUGUGGUGUUCAGGAAACCAGCAGCUGUCCAGGCAGCCAAGGCUCUAUCACAGAAAGGUCCCCUGAUAAUAUCAACAGAGAGCCACCCUGUGAAAACCGGCAUUAGCAAGUGGAUCGCCAGCUAUGAGGCCUCCAUCGUGGAUCCGAAGGAGCUGAAGGCUGAGGUGGAUGCCUACAUGGAAGACUAUGAUAAAAAGAUGGCAGAGGAAGAAGCCAAAGCAGCCAAGGAGGAGGGUGUUCCAGAUGAGGAGGGCUGGGUGAAGGUGACCCGGAAGGGCCGGAAGCCGGGCCUGCCCCGGACAGAGGCUGCCAACUUGCGCAUGCUGGAGAAGGAGAAACAGAAAAGGGCCCGCAAAGAGCUGCUCAACUUCUAUGCCUGGCAGCAUCGUGAGACCAAGAGAGAGCACAUUGCCCAGUUGAGGAAGAAAUUUGAGGAGGACAAGCAGAGGAUUGCACUGAUGCGAGCCCAGCGCAAGUUUCGGCCAUACUAAGUUGUUACUGAGCUGUUCUUCAGGUGCUUGUGCUGGAGAGGGUAGGAGAGAUGCCUACUAACUCCAUUUGCCAAAGGAUUUUGAGGAAUUGAGGCAGCUUUGCAUUGCCUUUACCCUUGGAUCUGAAACGGGAGAUCCCAGCAACUGCUGCUGGAGGAGAGUUCCCUUUACUUGCAUCAGUAUCCUGCUCUUCUGUCAUUCAGCCCCAUGUCAUCGCUUCUCAGGGUGCUCAGGUCAAGGGGCACAUCCUGUGACAACAUGUAUCUCCCUGCCACCUGAAACCACACCUAAAGCUUGGUGAGAACUGUGAUUGACCUAGCACAGCCUCUGCAGGGGCAGGGGAUGGCUGAAGAACUGUAAAUAAACUGCUGCUACUGUUUUCAGAACAUGGGAAUCCUUCUCUCUCCCUCCUCCCCUCCUGGGUCUCCUGUAGGAAACAGCUUCCUGUGUGCUGGGGUGGUGGUAAAAAUUAUAGCUUGUAAUCUGA